AUUGGGUAGUGAAGGUUGAUGAGGGUGGUGGGCGUUUGGCAGGGAGCAGAUCACUGAUCAUGCUAAAAUAGAUCAGCAGUGAAGAACAAGCAUGGAUCUUCAAGUGUCAGCCAUUGCAAUGUAGAAGCACAUGAAAUCCAAGAUGCUGGGCAGAAAGCCAAGCUUGCGGAGUGAACCCAUUCUGUCCGACUAUGGUCCAGAUGAGUCACUGAAUGAGAAUGCAGACAUUGAUUGGGUGAACAAGGUAUGGGUGCGCCACCUGCUGCGGCUGUGCGCGCUGCUCAGUCUCGUCUCAGUCAGCCUGAACACGCGCAAGACGUUCGACGAGUGGCAGGCGUUGCGGCUCAUCACCUUCAUCGUGGACGCCUUCGUCACCUUCAUGUUUACUGCCGAGAUGGUGGCCAAGAUGCACAUCCGCGGCCUGCUCGGUGGUGAGAGCCCGUACCUUAAGGACCACUGGUGCCAGUUUGAUGCAAGCAUGGUCUUCUUCCUCUGGGUGUCAGUGAUCCUGCAGGUGUUCGAACUGAUGAGUAUGGUGCAUGUGCACUCGUUCUUAUCGGUCCUCCGGGCUCCCCGGCCUCUCAUCAUGGUCCGGUUUAUACGCGUCUUCCUCAAGUUCAGCAUGCCAAAGAGCAGAAUCAACCAGAUUUUGUUGCGCUCCUCGCAGCAGAUCUACAACGUCACCCUCUUCUUCCUGUUCUUCAUGUGUCUGUACGCGCUGCUCGGCGUGCAGUUCUUCGGUCGUAUGAACAACCACUGCGUCAAGAACUCCACAGAUCCGAACGAUGUCAAGCUCAACGACCUGGCCGUCCCCGACACCUACUGCAGCCUCAGCCCCGGCUCCGGCUACCAGUGCCCCACCGCCAUGAAGUGCGUCACACUCCACUCCAGCUCGUACGUCGUCGGCUUCAACGGCUUCGAUGAGUUCGCCACGAGCAUCUUCACGGUGUACGAGGCCUCGUCGCAAGAGGGCUGGGUGUACGUCAUGUACCGCGCCGUCGACUCGCUACCCGGCUGGCGCGGACUCGUCUACUUCACCACCAUGAUCUUCUUCCUCGCUUGGCUGGUCAAGAACGUCUUCAUCGCCGUAAUCAUGGAGACGUUCAACGAGAUCCGCGUGCAGUUCCAGCAGAUGUGGGGCACCCGCGGCCAAAUCUCCGAAGAGUACACCACCUACGUGCUGACCGGCACGGACACCUCCUGGAAGCUGAUCACGGCCGAAGACAGCGGCUCGCGCGGCUCAGCGCCAGCCCUGCUGCAGCGCGUCAUCCAGUCGGCCGGCUACCACCUGGUGGUGAUGGCCGCCAUCCUCACGAACGCCUACAUCUCAUCCAGGGUACAGUUCCGCCACGACGGCAGCACCGUGUACGAGCUGUACCGCGACAUCUACCCGAUCGAGGUGGGAUUCACCAUCUUCUUCGAUCUGGAGGUGGUGGUGAAGGUGUGGUGCAUGGGCUUUUCCACCUACUGGAAGCGUUCCAUCCACAAAUUUGAGACAGUGCUGGCGGUGGGCAGCACAUUCCACCUGCUGCCGCUGUUCUACAACUCGGCGUUCACCUACUUCCAGGUGCUGCGCAUUGUACGUCUCAUUAAGGCGUCGCCCCUGCUCGAGGAUUUUGUGUUCAAGAUCUUCGGCCCGGGCAAGAAGCUGGGCAGCCUGAUCAUCUUCACCAUGUGUCUGCUUAUUAUCACGUCCUCCAUCUCUAUGCAGCUCUUCUGCUUCCUAAACUUCCAAAAAUUCGAAACAUUCCCGGAUGCAUUCAUGUCCAUGUUCCAAAUCCUGACCCAGGAGGGCUGGGUGGACGUGAUGGACGAGACGAUGUCGCUCACGCAGCCCGCCAUCGUCCCCCUGGUGGCCAUCUAUUUCAUACUCUACCACUUGUUCGUCACGCUGAUCGUGCUGAGCCUGUUCGUGGCCGUAAUUCUGGACAACCUGGAGCUGGACGAAGACAUCAAGAAGCUGCGCCAGCUGCGCGCCCGGGAGCAGAGCGCCGGUAUACAGGAGACACUGCCGCUGCGGCUGCGCGUGUUCGAGAAGUUCCCGGACCGCCCGCAGAUGGCGCGUCUGCACAAGCUUCCGGCCGACUUCACGCUGCAGAAGGUCCGCGAGAGCUUCAUGCGUAACUUCGUGGAGGAUCCGGACGAGGAAGAGGACCAACCGGGCAUGAAGGCAUGCAGUCGAGGGCGAGAGGUGCUGGCGUACCGGCGCGCGCGCAUCCGCAAGCUGCUGCACAAGACCACCUCGGCCAGGAAGUCGGACGCCAACCAGAAGAGCAUCGGCGUGCGCAGUCUGGUCGAUGACUGCAACAACCACCGGCUGCUGCUGGGCGACUCCGGACAGCUGCCAACCCCGGGCAAGGGCUUGGCUGCCAAGUCCAGGUUUGAGAACGCCAAGUCCAUGCGGCGCAGCAUGCGCGGCUCGCUCAAGGUCAAGCAGACCUACGACCACCUGAAGGAGAACGGGGACGUGGGCGCGCUCAGCGGCGCCGCCAACGCCCGCAACCCGCACGACUUCGACAUCAAGCUGCUGCAGGCCAAGCGGCAGCAGGCCGAGAUGAAACGGAACCAGCGUGAGGAAGACCUGCGGGAGAACCACCCGUACUUCGACACGCCGCUGUUUGUAAUUGGCCGCGAGAGUCGCUUCCGUAAGCUGUGCCAGAUGAUUGUGAAUGCCCGCUACAACUCGCGCCAGAAGGACCCGGUCACCGGUCAGGAGCGCAAGGUCCGCUACAAAGGACUCCAUAACCUGCUGGGACUGGUGACCUACCUGGACUGGGUGAUGAUCCUCAUCACCACCGUCAGCUGCGCAUCCAUGAUGUUCGAGACGCCAACGUUUCGUGUCCAGGAGAACUGGCAGCUGCAGGUGUCGGAGUACAUAUUCGUGGUGGCCAUGAGUGUGGAGCUGGCGCUGAAGGUACUGGCCGACGGCCUUCUCUUCACGCCCAAGUCGCUGAUACGUGACGUGGGCGGCCUGCUGGACCUCUUCAUCUACGUGGUGUCGCUGGUGUUCCUGCUGUGGAUGCCGGACGUGGUGGAGCCGGUUUCCUGGGAGCAGCUGCUGCUGAUCGUGCGCUGUCUGCGUCCGCUGCGCAUCGUCUACCUGGUGCCGCACAUGCGCACUGUAGUGCGCGAGCUGUGCCGUGGCUUCAAGGAGAUCCUGCUGGUGUCCGUGCUGCUGAUCCUGCUGCUGUACGUGUUCGCCAGCUACGGGGUGCAACUGUUUGGCGGCCGGCUGGCGCGCUGCAAUGACCCUGCCAUCUUGCGCCGCGAGGAGUGCGUCGGCUUGUUUGAACGUGAGAUCUUCGUCACCAAGAUGAAGAUGACGCACCGCGAGAACGAGACGUACCCCAUGAUCCUGGUGCCUCGCGUUUGGGCAAACCCGCGACGGUUCAACUUCGAUAAGAUCGGCAACGCCAUGCUGGCGCUGUUCGAGGUGCUCUCCUUCAAGGGAUGGCUGGACAUCCGGGACGUGCUGAUCAAGCGGCUUGGUCCGGUACAGUCGAUCUACAUCCACAUAUUCGUGUUCAUCGGCUGCAUGAUCGGCCUGACGCUGUUCGUUGGCGUGGUGAUCGCCAACUACUCGGAGAACAAGGGCACGGCGCUGCUGACCGUCGACCAGCGGCGCUGGUGUGACUUGAAGAAGCGUCUGAAGAUCGCGCAGCCGCUGCACCUGCCGCCGCGGCCCGACGGCCGCCGCUGGCGCGCCGUCGUCUACGACUUCACGCAGAACAUCAUCUUCAAGCGUUUCGUGGCCAUGCUGGUCAUCACCAACAGCAGCCUCAUCUGUGUGCAGUGGGACUACGCGGCCGUAUACACACCGUACCUGGCUGUGGUCUCCUCCGUCCUCAACCUCUUCUUCAUGCUCGAAGUUGUGAUGAAGAUGAUCGCCUUCUCGCCGCGGGGCUACUGGCAGUCGCGUCGCAACCGCUACGACCUCUUCGUCACCGUGCUCGGUCUCAUCUGGGUCAUCCUCAACUUCACGUUCCCCAUGACCAAGAUGCAAAAAAACUACACCAACUCGCUGGGAUUCAUCUGCAUCAUCCUGCGUUUCUUCACCAUCACGGGCAAGCACGCCACCCUUAAGAUGCUGAUGCUCACCGUGGUGGUAUCCGUCUACAAAAGUUUCUUCAUCAUCAUGGGCAUGUUUCUUCUGCUACUCAGCUAUGCCUUCGCCGGCACGAUUCUGUUCGGCACCGUCAAAUAUGGAGAGGGAAUCGGCAGGCAGGCCAACUUCAAGACGGCGCCCAAUUCGAUCGUGAUGCUGUUCCGGAUCGUGACGGGCGAGGACUGGAACCAGAUCAUGCACGACUGCAUGGUGGAGCCGCCGUCGUGCACGCCGGCGGCGCGCGGCUCCUCCUACUGGCUCACCGACUGCGGCAACUUCACGGUGGCGCUCGUCUUCUUCUGCUCCUUCUACGUCAUCAUCACGUACAUCGUGCUCAACCUGCUGGUGGCCAUCAUCAUGGAGAACUUUUCCCUCUUCUACUCCAACGAGGAGGACGCGCUGCUCAGUUACGCCGACAUCAGGAACUUCCAGAACACGUGGAACGUCGUGGACAAGAACCAGCGCGGCGUUAUCCCCGUCCGCAAGGUCAAGUUCAUCCUGCGUCUGCUCAAGGGCCGGCUGGAGGUGGACCCGCAAAAGGAUCGACUCCUCUUCAAGCACAUGUGCUACGAACUGGAGCGGCUGCACAACGGCGAGGAGGUGACCUUCCACGACGUGCUGAACAUGCUCAGCUACCGCUCUGUGGACAUUCGCAAGAGUCUGCAGCUGGAGGAGCUGCUGGCCCGCGAGGAGCUGGAAUACAUCAUUGAGGAGGAGGUGGCCAAGCAGACCAUCCGGCAGUGGCUGGACGGCUGUCUGAAGCGGAUCAGGGCGCGCGAGCAGAGCAGUCUGAUCGCCGGCCUGCGCGCCACCAAUGAACAGGCGCUCAUGCGGCUCAACGAGGAGCGCCGGCUGGAGCGCGAGAAGGAGAAGGAGGAGGAGCCGGCCGACCCGCCGCCGCGCCAGCGCAAGAAGGGCGUCUGCAUGGGCCGCUCGGACUCUGUGGGCUCGGCAGCGCGCAAGUUUCUCACGCCGUCGCUGAGUGACGCCAGCGUCGUCAAGGACAAGGAGCGCACGGCCAGCAAGCGCCGCGCGCGCUCCGCCGUGGGCAACAAGUCUCUGCCGGACGUGAACGAGGCCGGCGAGGCGGCGGCGCUAGCGUCACCGGACACGCCGCGGCCGGUGGCCGGCAGCUGCCCGCCGGCCGCCGCCGCCUGGUCAGACGUCACCGGCUGGUGGGCCGACCACUGCGAGCUCACCGCCCAGGAGGACUCGUCCUCCGUCUGAGGAUGGGACCACUGCGAGCUCACCGCCCAGGACUCGUCCUCCGUCUGAGGAUGGGACCACUGCGAGCUUACCGCCCAGGAGGACUCAUCCUCCGUUUGAGGACGCGAUCACUGCGAGUUUACCGCCCAGGAGGACUCGCCCUCCGCCUGAGGACGCGACCACUGCCAGCUUACCGCCCUGUGGGACUCUGUCUCCAUCUGAGGACGCGCCACUAUAAGCUUACUACCCAGGAGGGCUUGACCUUCGCCUGAGGACGCGACCGCUGCGAGCUCACCGCCCGGACUCGGCCUCGGAGGACUCGUCCUCCGCCUGAGGACGCGACCACUGCGAGCUUACCGCCCGGACUCGGCCUCCAUCUGGGGACGCGCCACUAUGAACUUUCUACCCGGGAGGACUCGUCCUCCGCCUGAGGACGCGACCACCGCGAGCUUACGGCACAGUCGAGUUCGGUCACCGCCGUGUUAAUUAACUUUGUGAUUGCUGUCAUCUCCCCUGUCGGUUAAACCAAUGAAUGGCGCGAUGUCACACGUUGAGAUGUACCGUAACCUGAUUGUUCUAGUCAGCCCUUGGCGGCGGAGGCGGCGGUGACUGCAGCCUGGCCAGCUACCACCGCUGGCCAGCUGCCGCCGCAGCUGUAUCUGCCUGGUCAGCUGCCGCUCACCGGCUGGCGGCCAGGCGACCAGUCAACAUUCGCCCCAGACCGGCCUGAGCGGGUGGUAACUGCCGGUUUACACUGUGUGGUGUAGUGCACAGGGCGUUUACAGUCGACUACGGAUUGUUAAAUGUGUAGCGACGUUGAUGUGCCAGUAUAGUGAUGUGCUUUUGUUCGCUGUUCGAUGUAGCGUCGGAUCUGGUUGUGCUGAACGUUGUUAACUAUGUCGAGCUUUAUUUAUAGAUUUAGAGCGAGAGAAGGAAAGCGGGUCUACCAAAUGUGUUCCUGUUUCCUGGCGGAGCAAAGGAUUCAGGUUCCGGACGGCACGAAUGCUGGACAGAGUGCCACCCCUGUGCUUUGUCUUCGCAGAAAUACUAUGGUUGAAACGUUGCCGCAAUAUGCGCGUCAUCAUGUGACGUUAGUCUCCCAGUAGGUGGUCAAAACUGCGCAGAAUUGCAACCCAAGGAGGGGGACGCGAACAUAAAUACGAAAGGAAGCAAAGGGGUGAUAUGAAAAUUUCAGGCAUUUGAUUGAAAUAGAAAGUUUCGCUGGUCGCAACGUCGUUGGUUCCGCCAACAAAACGGCUUGCGGUUAAAUAGCCAGACUGUUGCAGCAUUCUUCCCAGUAUUUGCGGUUCUUUAGAUGCGAAAGAUAAAACAUGCGCGAAAGGAAUGUGGAAGGUAGGGUGAGAACUACGCACGUAAUUGACUCAGCAAUAUCCCGUAGUCCCAGUGGCCCAUCUUUUCGGGAAAAUUUGGGCCUAGGCACGUGCUAUGUGGGGAUGAUUUGGAGGAAGUGGUUUUGUCGCUAUGUCGCGUUGUUUGUUUUAUGUUGGAUGUUUUAGUUGGCAGCGGCACGGUAAUGCAAGGUACAUAAUUGUCAACAUCUCAGUUGUUCAUUUUGUUGGGGUUGAAGAAUUGCUUUCUGGAUCAUGAUUCUCUGCUCCUCCACGAGAGGUUAUUUUUGGUAGGCCCUAUCUCUUAGAGAUGUUUUAUCUAGCACUGAACGCGCUUUGAACGCUGUGAAGCUGGGCACUGGCGUCGUGGUGUUCUCGCGAGAACCACGGUGUAGGAGGGCAGUUGGUGCUGUGCUUCGCGGGCGGGCGGUGGCCUCGUUCUCAAUCUUCCCUGUUCUCAGUCGUUUUGUGGUGAACUGUAAUCGCGAUAGUAUCGCUAUUUUUCUGUGGCGAUCUUGUGUCUUUUCUGUGGUGCGUUCGACGCGUUCCGUUGUGCGAUCUCAGUUGGUCUUGUCUUGCAGUAUUAUUUACCUGCGAUUUUGAAAGUUUUUUCCCGAUAUGACCAAAUUGCGCUGCAACGUUGGCUAGCUUAGAUAGGUCUAGGAGCCUCCUGCGUUUUGCUUAGUGUUUGGCAAGAAGUGCUGUGUUUUACCCGAAAUAGAUGUAUCGCGCCGACGCCGGGCCGAUGAACCGUCCGCCAGUACCAUAAGAGCUGCGAGCGUUAUCACUGCUGUGACUGCUGGUGGGUCUGUCACGCCCGCUCGCCGUCUCCUACGACCGUGGUGGGUGCGAUCACACGGCCAAAUGCGUGGCAACCGCAGCAACAGCACACACCGCCGUGUUCCGGUCUUUUCGCUCUGUUUCACUGCUGGGGAAACCGGACAAAACAGGAAUUUGGAGUUUAUUGGGCAACGGCAGGGGUCAAAGCUGGUCACCGUCGUGUAUCGUUGCGGCAGAGUAUGGCACGUGUGUAAUUGUUUCGCUGCAAAUUGACAAUGCUUGUCGACCAGCAGAAGGAUCAUCGUAUCUUCGUUUUGACUCCCAACAGAUUUGUGACGAACAGUCGGCCUCAUUUUGCCUUACGUGAAUCAUUGUGUUCGUCAUUUCAGCAGCGUUAUUUGUGUUAAGUGUUCGUUGGCAUCGUCUUGUCGAAGUCCAAAUAAAAUAUGAACCCUUAAUAGGAACUUGAACCUUGGGACCAGCAAUCGCCAAUAUAUUUCAGAAUAGCCCAUUGCGCGGCCUGCCGAUUUCCUAUUCACGUGCGUCGCUGAGCAACUUGUCAACGAUCUUGCACAAUCCCGACUACGCUCCGCAAUAGGAAUCGACGCCCCGAUGGGAGGCGCUGCUGCGCGUGCCGGCAGACGGCAGGCGCCGUCUCCUCCGUCAUCACCAGCUGCGGACAGGCCGGACGCGUGCGACACCUCUCAGGGCUCUGCGCCGCGGCUGCGGCGGAACACCAGCGUGCGCCGCUGCGGCUCGUCGGCGUCAGCCGACUCGGCCGCGGCCG